GGUCAUUACUCUAUUAGUCCCAAGGAAUUUGCUUCGUUUCUUACCAUUUUUUCAUUAAAUGACAGAAUUACCCUUCUGUUCUGUAUCCCCAGAACCCUGCAAAACCCUAAUUUAACCCGUAUCAUCGUGACUGAACUGAAGAAGAAGAAGAAAUGGGGAAAAUUCCAUCAUCAUUCAGGUCAUCACGAUUACCAGUAAGCACAAUGCUCAGGAACCCUAAAUCUGUCCCUCCCGAACAACACCAAUCUUCAACCCCAACCCCAACCCCAACCCCAACCCCUCCAAGAACCCGUCACUUUCCCAAGAAAUCAACAUUCAAUAAAAGACCUCCCAAGCAUCCUACCCUCACCCAAAGCCCUAGAUUCACCUUCGACUCCCCCAACCUCUCCGACGCCAAAACCCUCUUCAACUCCCUCGUCACCUCUUUCGCCGCCUCCGCCGCACAGGACCUCAAUUUCCUAAACUCCAUCCUCCAAUCAUUCGCCGCCAUCUCAACCCUCUCCGAUUCCAUCUCUCUCUUCCGCCACAUGAUCAAGACCCACCCUCCCUUCUCCCCCGACCGAUCAACCUACCACAUCCUCCUCUCCCAGUCCUGCAAAUCACCCGAUUCCUCCCUCUCCCCCGUCCAUCAAGUCCUCAACCUCAUGCUCACCGACGGCUUCCCUCCCGACAAGGUCACCACAGACAUCGCCGCUCGAACUCUCUGCUCCGUCGGCCGUGAAGAAGACGCCGUGGAAUUGAUCAAAGAAUUGUCAUGCAAACACUCGCCGCCAGAUACAUACACAUACAAUUUUCUCGUCAAACAUCUAGUCAAGUCCAGGACUUUGAUUACUGUCAACAAUUUCAUCAAAGAAAUGCGUGAGUCUUUUGAAAUCAAGCCUGAUCUUGUUACUUACACAAUCAUGAUUGAUAAUGUAUGUAAUACCAAGAAUCUCCGUGAAGCGAUACGGUUGUUAGGAGUGUUAGCUGAGGAAGGGUUUAAGCCUGAUAGGUAUGUGUAUAACACGAUUAUGAAGGGUUACUGUAAGUUGAAUCGAGGUGCUGAGGUAUUAUCUGUGUACAAGAAAAUGGAGGAGGAAGGGAUUGAACCUGAUAUCGUGACAUAUAAUACUUUGAUCUUUGGGUUGUCGAAGGCAGGGAGAGUGAAGGAAGCUAGGAAGUAUUUGAAUGUUAUGGCGGAAAUGGGUCAUUUCCCGGAUGCGGUGACUUACACGUCUUUGAUGAAUGGGAUAUUCCGGGAGAAGAAUGUGAAUGCAUCGGAGGCAUUGCAGUUGCUGGAAGAGAUGGAAGCAAAGGGGUGCAGUCCGAAUUCGUGCACUUAUAAUACAGUGCUUCACGGGUUGUGUAAGUUGAAGCUUUUGGAAAAGGGAAUCGAAUUUUAUGGCGUGAUGAAAGCAGGUGAUAUGAAGCUCGAGACAGGUUCUUAUGGGACCUUUGUGAGGGCACUUAUUCGGAAUGGUAGGAUUGCCGAGGCUUAUGAAGUGUUUGAUUAUGCAGUGGAGAGUAAGAGUAUGACAGAUUUUGCUGCUUACUCAACACUUGAGAGUACUCUUAGGUGGCUGAAGAAAGCAAAAGAACAAGGAUUUGUUGUUUAACUGGUCCUACACCAGGCUGAGGCUGUUGUAACUGGUUUCAAUUUUGGAAAAGUCUUUGAGCUUUCCUUUAUUAAAUGGAAAUAGUGCUUGCAAGUAUAGUACUUCCCUGUUGAACAAUAUAUGCAAGAUGACUGUUUGGCACCCUAUGGUCAAAGGAAGGGGAGCUAUUGAUUCAAUGGGAGCCAUAUGAUGCGAGAUAGUGUAUACACUUGAACUUUGGAGCUGUCUGGUUUCCUUGCAUUGAAGUUGGGUGUUUCUUGGGUGCUAUCUUCCCUUUGACUCCAAUCUCCUCUUUUCUGCUCAAAGUAAGAAAAUUUGCUAUAGGUAAAAAGCAAUAAAAUAUUUUCUUUUGAAGGUGCUCUGGACUCCAAAGCUUAAGCUUUUCAUUGAAAUGCUCCCUCGUAUUAUCAAGGCUUGCUGCCUUAUGCUGAAUUGAGGAAGAGCAAUAUAACCAACUAAAAGGUUGAUCCCGUUGAACUGACUUCAGGCUCUGAAAAAUAUUGGCAAAUUUAUGCUGCCACUAUUUUGUACUCGUGGUUUGGUCUUCUGGGUUGAUAUAAAUGCAUAUAAUCAUUAAUAAGUUUUUCUUAAA